UAUUUAAGCACAACUUAGCAGAUAAACGGAGUACAAAAGCGAUGUUUUUUCUUAUCGAUAUAUGUGUGCUUAACGAUAACACAUUGUUUUGAGCCAUUGCACAUCCCUAUUAACUCAGGCUUAGUAAUUGUUUAAAGCGCUUUCUACGCGGUGGUGUAUUGUGUGUGUGUGUGUUUGGUAAUGUACCACAUCAUGUUCUUGGUAGUGACAUGAACUUAUAAAUUGUAAGCGCUUUUAGUGUUAACUCUAAAGUGUAAAGUUUUUGCAAUGUGCACAAUUGUAUCGCAAACCAAAAGCUCGUAGUGUAAACUGGCGCUCACGUUCUCCCCCAUGCAGUUACGAAAGUUCGCAGCCAUCUUGCUCUAGCAUACAGUCUUAUUGUAUCUGCCUUUCUAUUGCACAUCUGCACUGUCGUCACCGCAGGCCGGCGUUACAGUUCCAUACGAGUAAUCAACUAAGCUGAGGUUUGUUAAGGCGCGCGUUGCGAGUCAAGUAAGGGAAUUCAAAGACAGACGAAAACGAAAAACUAGCAGCAACAUGUAUUAAUUACCAAACGCUAUUCAACUAAGAGUACCAAUUAAAGGACACUCAUAAUUAAGCUGUCUGAAACGAACCAAUAAACAAACGAGGACUGCAAAAGGAACCAAAACGAAAAAAAAAGCCGAAACCAAACGUAUUUAAGCAAAGCAAAACUAACAAUUAACUUGGCUUAGCCGGCUACCAUUUUUCGUUGUGAUAGAAACCAGAAAACUCGGACAUCGUAACCGCAGGAGCCAAAGACACAUCGCAGCAACAGGAGGAAAGGUAGCAAGGGAACGGCAGCAACAACUGGUAUAGACAAAGGACAUCAAUUAUAAUACGGGCGCAAGCUGAACAACACAAGGCACGCCCAACAUGCUGGCGACAACAACUACAACAACAUCGGGCAGGACAUCGAAAGCCACAAUUACCUCAGAUCCGGGCAUUCUGUGCUUUCAUCACUGCAACGUGAAAGUCUUCUGCUUCGUCCUGCCCCACACUUGUCCACAUUGCAAUGAGCAGCUGAAUGCGGAUGCCAAUACGCUUCCAGACACAUCCGGAGCUGGGAGCAGCAGCUCCAUGACUGCUGCGAUGCUGCUGCCCUUUCGGUUGCCCUAUCCAUUUGUGCGGGCCACGCAGCAUCCUUGCGCGAUUGUCCUGCGACCCUCCGCGGGCGACUUUCUCAACGAUUACAGCAACGCCACAGAUUUGCAUAUCGCGGUGACCACAUCCGGCGGCGACAUUGUCGAAUUCGAUAGGGACGGACUGCAGCGGCAUCGGCGCGACGAUAAUCCCCGCGACUGGUGGCAAUCGCUGCUUGUGGGCGAUGUUCCCGAGCCCUGGCACUACUACUGGGACGAGGUGCUUGAACAGAUUUGUGCGCAGUCAGCGCGCUGGUCCAUUGAACGCUACGAGGAGAGCAGCCACAACUGCUAUACCUUUGUGCUGGCCUUCCUGCAGUCGCUCAACUAUGCCCAGCUCAGCGAGGCGGCCCGCACCAAGACCAGCUUCUGUGAGAAGUUCAUUGUGCCCCGAACGACCACGGCUGGCAAAUACAUAUCGCUAUAUCGCCGGCUGCGCCUGGCAGGCGUUCAUGUGCAUCGUCAGCAGCCCAAGCAACGGCCAUCCAAAACGGACGAGGAUCACAAAUUGGCCAGCACAAGAGCUAACACGAACAGCUUUGUGUGCGGACAUAUAGGAACACGUUCUCAUCUACGUCAAACACUCGGCACCAUCGAAGAGUAAUCGAUAGCUUUACAUAAAAUUGAGAUGGCACUAUCGAUAGCAAAACUUAUCGAUGACAGAAUGGGUAAAUGAUGCACAAGGGUUUUGUUCAAAUGUCUGUAACAGGUAGAAGGAAUUAUCUCCGACCCUAUAAUAUAUAUAUAUAGUCCGAGUCAAUUCCGUCUUCCGUCCGUCUGACUGUAUGCAUGAGCACGACGAUCUCAGCGUAAGUUCUCACAGUUCCCGCGCACGUGUUUGUUUCCGAUAAACGAUAACUGUCCACGUUUACAAACAAUCGAUAAUAAGCGAUAUGGAAAUCAUCGCUUAGUUUUUUUUUAAGCUAGAUUCACCAUUUGCCGCACCAGUUGCCACUUAGCUUCUAUUUUAGUAUAUAUGUCUUUCAGCAGAUCAAUAAGUCCAGAAUCAUCACUAUCGAUACUUUUGCAGCACAAAUCGAUAUCCUGCUCGUGUCCUUGGUUUUAUUACUUCGUAGUUGAAAGCAGCGAAACAUUAAAUAGUUAUGAGGGGACAUUUAAAAGGUUAUUUACAUUUUAAUUAUACUUUAAUUGACAAAUCUUAUUGCUGCUGACUUCUGUCGGGAUGCAUUAUCGAUAGCACAUUAUCGAUAGCUUAGCAGAUACCGUUAAUACUAUUCAUAAUACUAUUUGCAACACUAUUAAAUAUGCUUCAUUCAUAUUUCAAUUUAGUUACUUUGUUCCUACAGUAUAUACAGAACUUUGUAUAAUUCACAAAAUACCAGAUACUUUGACACAGAAAUUUCAAUAUUUUAUUUGAUUUAUAUGUAAAUGAUAUUUGCUUAAAAGUUACAUCAAAUAUUUACUCGGUCUAACUAUGACCUUUACUUAUUUUUGUUUUACUUGUCUUUAAUUAGGAAUGUGCGAAAUGAUAAAAUUGUAUUUAAUGUGAUUUUAAAUAGUGAUUUCAAAAUAAAUUAUGUAAUAUAUUUUAUA